AUGCAGCAGAGACAGAUUAUAUCCAGUCUUCGGGUACUCACUUUCCGUACCCCCUUAAUCCGACCUCUGAAUUUUCUUCCAUCACGCAGCCAAGAUUGUGCUGCAGCGCGUAUUACGCCCGGGGCGCGUGGUGAGCCACCCGACCUCACGAGGUAUAUUUUACGCAGACGCAUUGACCCAUCAGCAUACGGUGGGUAUGCUUAUGUAUAUGAAGGCGAACUGACAUCGGGGGCGAGAAUCGAGAGGGUGGCAAUCAAAGUCCUCAAACCUCCGAAUUUGCUUGACAGUGAGAAAGCUAAAGAGAAACAGCUCAAACGAAUUCGCCGAGAAGUCCGAGUAUGGAAAUGCCUCAAUGACGACAACAUUCUUCCCCUACUUGGCGUGGCAUAUGGCUUCGGUGGCCCUCAUCCUGCCCUCGUCUGUCCAUGGGCCGAACACGGCACUCUAAAUCAUUACCUGGAAACCCAUGAUGCCAGGCUCUUCUUAUCAGAUCGGUUACGCAUUCUUUUCGAGAUCGUCGCAGGCUUAAUGUAUUUGCACAGCUCUGGAGUCAUCCAUGGCGACCUCUCAGGAUCGAACAUACUCUUCGAUCACAGGCACAAACCCCGGUUAUCUGAUUUUGGCCUAUCAAACAUCAUGCUAGAACUCGAAGGAACAUCAUACCUCACAUCCUCUGUCGGUGGUGCAGUUCGUUGGGCUGCGCCAGAGCUCUUCAAGAUAUCCGAAGACGACAAUGUACCCAAAGCCACGACCGAGAGUGAUAUAUACUCUCUGGGUAGCGUUGCUCUUCAGGUACUUUCCGGUAAAAUUCCUUACUACUACCUGAGACAAGAGCAACGUGUACUCCUUCUUCUUUUCAUGGGUCAUAAACCUCGACGGCCCUCCAUUGACGAUACCCACUGGGCCUUUAUCAACAGAUGCUGGUCUUCGCCUGAACAUCGUCCUAGUGUUGUGGUUGCUUCCUUAGCCAUACAGAGGUUUUAUCAUGAUUCCCUUCCCAAGCCCUUCAAAGCACUUGUAUUACAGAACGAUACAACUACUCCUGGUUCUUCACGUUAUACGUCUGCAUCCCUUCUCCAACUGGAUAAUAUCGCGAUCAGAAGUGAUAUCGCUACAGAUAUAUCCGACACACUCUCGUCUGCCUUGUCUUCCUUAAACCGGGAAGAAAUGCAAUCUGUAUUGGUGGGCGCCUUAGGCGAUGCAAUGUUCGCCCUCAACAAACUAGUCAAGGCUUUUGUAUUAUGGACGAAGCAAGACAUGCCAAAGGCUGAAGUGAGCGACGCUUAUGUGGGCUGGGCUGAUGCAAUGUAUACCGUACUUGGUAUAUGUGAAGCUCUUCGUAUCGAUGUCAGAGAGCUCAAAGGCACCCCUGAUGACCUUCGUGAGAGUCUCGAAGACUGUCUCACGCAAACAUUCGUCUCAAACGAAUCACACCUUCUCCUUUCAAAUCGAUUAUACCCCCUCAUCCUACCUCAUCUCGUUUGCCUGCAGAGAAAACUGGACAUCUACAAACCGUUUCUCGUCGACUACCACCACCGACGCUGUUCGAAUUACUUGCGCUUAAUGUGUGAGCAUAUCAACUUGACAGCAGGACUUCUCUCUCUGCAAGAACUCGUGGACCUUGGCCUGUAG